ACUCCAGUCGCCUUGGAGACCAACAACUUCCGGCAUACGUGGGAAAGGGAAAGAUGGCGGAAGAAAACAAACUAACGCUUCCUAUGACUGCAGAACCUCGAAAAACACGCACCAGAAAAGCCCCAGAACUUCCAAUUUUGGAGAGACGGAACUGGCUUAUACACCUACACUACAUCCGUAAAGACUAUGAAACUUGUAAGGCUAUAAUUAAAGAGCAACUUCAAGAGACCCAGGGAAUGUGUGAAUAUGCCAUAUAUGUACAAGCUUUGAUUUUCCGAUUGGAAGGAAAGAUUCAAGAAUCUCUGGAGCUUUUUCAGACAUGCGCAGUUCUCAACCCUCAGAGUAUAGAUAACCUCAAACAGGUGGCACGAUCACUAUUUUUGCUGGGAAAACACAAAGCUGCAGUUGAAGUAUACAAUGAAGCUGCCAGGCUGAACCAAAAAGACUGGGAGAUCUGCCACAAUCUUGGAGUGUGCUACAUGUAUCUGAAGGAUUUUGAAAAGGCAAAGGAACAGCUGAACCUGGCUUUGCAGUACAGCAAACAUGACAAGACCUUUCUAAUGCUGGGGAAGAUACAUUUGUUGGUGGGAGAAACGGACAAAGCCAUUGAUGUCUACAAAAAAGCAGUAGAGUUUUCUCCUGAGAACACAGAUCUGCUGACAACACUUGGCCUGCUGUAUUUACAGGUUGGAGUGUAUCAGAAAGCUUUUGAACAUCUAGGCAAUGCACUGACAUAUGACCCAAAUAAUUACAGGGCAAUCCUAGCAGCAGGUAGCAUGAUGCAGACCCAUGGGGACUUUGAUGUGGCCCUUACCAAAUACAGAGUUGCUGCCUGUUCUGUACCAGAGAGCUCCCCACUUUGGAACAACAUUGGAAUGUGCUUCUUUGGCAAGAAGAAAUAUGUUGCAGCCAUUAGCUGCUUAAAGAGAGCCAAUUACUUAUCCCCAUUUGACUGGAAGAUUCUUUAUAAUCUUGGCCUGGUUCAUCUGACGAUGCAGCAGUAUGCUUCAGCUUUUCACUUCCUAAGUGCUGCCAUCAAUUUGCAGCCCCGUAUGGGUGAACUCUACAUGUUACUUGCAGUGGCGUUAACAAACUUGGAAGACCCAGAGAAUGCAAAGAAAGCCUAUGAUCAGGCAGUAGCUACAGACCAGUCUAACCCACUGGUGAAUUUGAAUUAUGCCAUCCUGCUAUAUAACCAAGGUGAUAAGAAGAGUGCACUUCGCCAGUACCAGGAAAUGGAAAGAAAGGUCAACAAGGCAAAAGAGAGCAAUAUCAGCUUGGAAUUUGACCCAGAGUUGAUUGACAUGGCCCAAAAGCUGGGAGCUGCUCUACAGGUAGGGGAGAGUCUCGUGUGGACAAAACCAGCCAAAGAUUCCAAACCAAAGCAACGUGGGCCAGCUCCAAGCAAGCUGUCUGGUAUCCAGCAACAACCAUUAGGUUCUAACCAAGCUUUGGGACAAGCCAUGUCUUCUGCUGCAGGCUAUGGAAAGUCAAUACCAAUCUCUGCAGGAGUUAGUGGGGGAACUUCUCAAUUACCCAAACCACCUUCUUUACCUCUGGAACCAGAAUUAAGUGUAGAACCAGGUACAACUGAAGCUACACCUUCAGCUGUUGACUCACAGGACAGGAAGAAGGAAAGAAGCAAGGCCAGGAUUGUGACGGAGUGAGGCUGUGUUCUCAGUAACUGUGAUGGACAACAUUAGAAGCAUCAUCCCCAUUGAAUUAAAAUGGUCAUGUAGUUAAAAAACGUGGAGGAACAAAUUAUUUUGAACUGGUAUACAAGACUUUUGAAGACUGGUAAGAGUCUAUGAUGACCAUUUUGUAUAAUGGUUCCUACAUCGCAUACUUCAAGAUGGCUUUAUAAGCUUCCAAAUGGAUCUUUUAUCAAGAACUGCUAUGAAGUUGGCUUAGUAAACAGUAGCUUAUGAACACAAAAUAUGAAUAAAAAGACCGCACCAUGAAAUGGUUAAGAUGUUUCCAAAAUAAAAUCUAUUUAUCUUGUGCUGUUGGGGAAAUGGAAUCACUUUUCAGUAAAUGGAUAUUGUGAUCGUGUGUCUUCUUCCUUAUUGCCAUGUCCAGUAUCACUGUUGUAGAAGCCUAUGGAUUGCUGGAACUGUGUACUGGAGAAGAUUGGUAACUGAUAUAUAAGGAAUGAAAAAUGUUAUGAACCAGAAUUAGGACAUUUUCUGCCCAAAAGUAAAUGAAAGUAUACUCUAUAGCUUG